AGAGAGAUUUCAUAUCUGCUGCGUGGACUUUGUUCUGCGGAGCAAAAGUUUUUUUUUUCUUUCAGCUCCGCCUCCGGACACGAGAAAACCCCGAAAUCUCCAUUAAAAAAACAAACAAACAAAAAAAAAAUCGGAAAAGCGAAGUGAAACACGACACGAAUACAUACGCAGAUAUAUACAAAAAGGAUUGAAAGAGCAAACAAAAAAAGUUUUUUUUUUUGGGUUGGGUUGUUGGGUUUGAAUCCAUCUUUUUCUGUUUGUUCUUUUGGGGAAAAUCGAUGGCGGAGAAGGAAGAACAACCCAUUCCGACGUCGAAGUCAGCCGCCGGAACUCCGCCGCGCCCGAUGAUUUCUCUGCCGCCGCGGCCGUUCGGCGAGAUGUUCUUCAACAGCGGCGUUGGGUUCAGCCCCGGCCCCAUGACUCUGGUCUCCAACUUGUUCUCCGAUUCCGACGAGUACAGGUCCUUCUCUCAGCUCCUCGCCGGAGCCAUGGCCUCUCCGGCUGCGGCUGCUGCUGCUGCUGUCGCUCUGCAGAGACCUGGGAGCUCCGGCCAAGUCGAUGGCGGCGGCUUGAAUAGCUCCGGCGACGUGGACCCGAGGUUCAAGCAGAACAGACCGGCAGGGUUGAUGAUCACGCAGCCGCCGGCGAUGUUCACCGUGCCGCCGGGGCUGAGUCCGGCGACGCUGCUGGAUUCUCCGAGCUUUCUGGGUCUUUUCUCGCCCGGUCAGGGAGCGUUCGGGAUGACACACCAACAAGCUCUAGCUCAAGUCACUGCCCAGGCCGUUCAAGCCAAUACCCAUAUGCAAGCCCAACCUGAAUAUCUUUCCUCGGCUCCUCCAACCUCGGUUUCGGAUUCCUCGCUGGCACAGAGAGAAUCCUCUGAUCUUUCCAUCCAGGAGCAGCAGCGGUCACAACCGCUAAAUGUUGAUAAGCCAGCUGAUGAUGGCUUCAACUGGCGGAAGUACGGGCAGAAACAAGUGAAGGGCAGUGAAUUUCCUCGUAGUUAUUACAAGUGUACGCAUUUCGGGUGUCCUGUCAAGAAGAAGGUCGAGAGGUCUCUAGAUGGACAAGUAACCGAAAUCAUCUACAAGGGUCAGCACAAUCAUCAACCUCCACAAAACAACAAGAGGGGAAACAGGGAAAGGGCGAAUCUUAAUGGGAGUACUGUUAACAAUCCCGGGAAUUCCGAUAUGGCAUCACAGAAUCAAACCAACAAGACUUGGAGGGAUCAGGGAGCAAGUCAGGUUACAACAACGGAGCAGAUAUCCGAGGCCAGCGAUAGUGAGGAAGUUGGUAAUGGAGAAGCUGGUACCGAAGAAAAAGAUGAAGAUGAACCUGAUCCCAAGAGAAGAAACAGUACAGAAGUCAGGGUUUCUGAACCUGCUGCUUCACAUAGAACUGUGACAGAACCUCGAAUCAUUGUCCAAACGACCAGUGAAUUUGACCUUUUAGACGACGGGUAUAGGUGGCGCAAGUACGGGCAGAAAGUCGUCAAAGGAAAUCCUUACCCGAGGAGCUACUACAAGUGCACAACUCCAGGCUGCAACGUGAGGAAACAUGUGGAAAGAGCAGCAACAGACAGGAAAGCUGUCAUAACAACGUACGAGGGAAAACACAACCACGAUGUUCCCGCAGCUAGAACCAGCAGCCACGCCGCCGCCGCAGCACAGUCAAGGCCGGAUAAUAUAGUUGCCGCCUCAGCCAACAGCCUAAGCCAGCAGCAGCCAGUUGCACGUCUAAGGCUGAAAGAAGAGCAAAUAACUUAGAAGGAGCUCAUGCAUUUUGCUGCCAACGCUCCAGAAAGCUUGGGACUUUGAAUCUUUUUUGGGUUGGGAUCUUACAGAAGAUGAAAACUUGGUACAGAAAGGGUUUGUUGUUCGUGUAAUACCUUUUAGAUUUAGGGAUAAUGUUGUGGUCUCAGAUUAUGUUUCUGUGAAUUCUUUUGUACAUGGAAAAUACAGGGUUUCUUUG